UGCUUUUGCGGUGAUGGAGCAGCAGCAGCAACUGAGAAACGUGAGUGAGAACUAAGUUGCUUCAGGGCCGGACGUGCAGCUCACUUCGCUGUCCACAGCGCGGAACCCCACAGAACCGGGGAUCCGAGGGCUGGAAAGAAACAUCGGGCUGUGUUGCGAGACUUCCUGUUGGUCUACAAUCGGAUGACAGAACUCUGCUUCCAGCGCUGUGUGCCCAGCCUGCACCACCGAGCUCUGGACUCUGAGGAGGAGGCCUGCCUGCACAGCUGUGCUGGGAAGCUGAUCCAUUCCAACCACCGCCUCAUGGCCGCUUACGUGCAGCUCAUGCCUGCCUUGGUACAGCGCCGCAUCGCAGACUACAAGGCUUCCUCGGCUGUGCCAGCUGCUGCUGCUGCUGCUGCUGAGCAGCCCAGAGACCAGCCUCCAGGCAGCUAGCCACCCCCAACCCCAGGAGAGAAGGCACUGGAUGGACCCUCAGAUGGAAGGACCCAGUCUUGAUGAAUCCUGUAUAUAGACAAUGAGGGGUUGCCUGAAACUUGGGUACCAUUGCUCCUUUUUCUGGAGCCAAUAACACCCCCCCCCUUCACUCUGUUUGGUUUAUAUUCUGGACAGGGAAGAAGCUUUGGCUACUUUAUUGGCACCAUCCUUUGUUCUGUCAUUUAAUACAUGCUAGCUUCAGCCCUGGCAGCCGAGAAAUUGCCUUCUACAUGUAGAAGGAAAACUUCAGAAUUUCCAGGCAUCUUGUUAAAGCCAGGUCUGUAUGUAUAAUUUUAAGGUUGGUAACAGCAACAGGACGUUGGUUCCUACUCAAACAACAGAAACUGGGAACUCUGGCUCACCUGUGAGCCAAGUAUGCAUUGAUUUAUAACAUUUUUUGUGGACUAUGUCUUACAUGGAGUAAUUCUGCUGGAUCUAGGAAAAGGAGUUAUCUAUGUACAGCAGACAAAAAAAAAAAAAACAUAGGGCUUUUGAGCACUGCCUUCUGGGAAGUUAGUGUCUACAGAAGAAAGUUAAAACCUGUAAAAAUUCUACUGUGUUCUGGAACUUCAACCAUUUCCCCAGGUUGUUACUUUCUCAGUAUUUUCCUGUCUUCCUGGGCUGAACAGUAAACCUUUGAACAAAGAAAGUAUGUGUGCUUGUCUUCAGGAGCAAUCAGGAAAGGAGAAACUUGAAGACCAUAUUCUGCAGAAUAGCCAAACUUGAGGAAAAGGAAAUCCAAAUGUGAAGUAGAUGGUGGAGGUGGUGGUGAUAAAAAGGAUAAAAUGAAGUCUUUGGUUACCUUAAUGUUUCACUGCUUGUCUAUAAUCUAAUUUCAGCUUCCACUCUUUACACCACAUUGUUCCCACUGUACCUGUUCUGUGAUUUCUAAUUCUAGAUUCACUAUUCUUUUCUCAGUAUUGCUUCCUCCUCCUUUGUGGAAUUUACUUAUUAUUCAGCAGUCUGCAUGGCAUAUCAUUCUAUCGCUCUUCUUCAUUGGCCAUCCUUGGCUUCCUUUUUAUGUCAUUCCAUAUAUUUUUUCUAUUUUCCAUUCAUACAGCUAGAGAAAAACAGUUGUGUAAUGGAUGCCAGUAAAUAUUCAAGUCUCCAACUUCAGUUAAGUCCUAACUAGGAGCACACAAUCCUCUAUGGCAGUGGUUCUCAACCUUCCUAAUGCUGUGGCCCUUUUAUACAGUUGCUGUGAUUCGCAACAGCGUUGAGAACCUCUGCUGUAUGGGUUCCUGGUCUGUUUCCUCCUACAAUCACCACAGCAGUUAUUUUAUACCUUCACUGCUUUCCUUAAUCCCAUGCCCCACCCUUAUCAGAUAACCCAGUUUCAUUUUUUUACAGAGAAAUUGAAGGUUCUAAAAAUUUAGUCCCACAAUAAAAGAUCCUUAACAACCAUCCACAAAGCAGAUGUACUGUCUUAUCUGCAGAGCAGAAAGUUGAAAUUCUCAAGUGGCAGACUGUUAAAAUGCAGAUCUGACAGUAAAGUCACGUUCUUUUACACCACGCUGCCUCAAAAUAAUACCUGUUGAGCACCCACUUUCUAUAAGUUUUGAUAUUAAUAUAUUUUGUGCUUUAAGUAAAUCUUUACAACAAAACUAUAAGAUGUAUUAUCCCUACUUAACAGAUAAGGAAGCAAGAAUGCAAAAUAUACCAGAAAUUGACCUUAAUAUAGUCACUGCCUGAGAAGGUAACUUCUCAAAGUGUUUUGUCCUCUUAAGCUGCUAUCUCUUGAGUGAAUCUUUUUUUUUUUUUUUCUUCUUUCUCUCUUGAACAGAAAAGUUUGUUGGGGAAGUAAAGGUUUCUGACCAGGGCCAUUCCGGGAAUGGCUUUAUGUCUACUCCCCAAAAUUUUCUCCUUUGGAAGUAUAAAUGCAAGUAAAACAGCUUGGGAACUUCUUAACUCCCUGAAGACCAAAGAAUGAGGACCUGGGAUAUUAUGUUCUUCGUGGGAGAAUUGUUCCACAUCAUCAUUUGUGUGUAUCCUUGCAAUAAACUUUCAUUGUGA